ACUCCGCUAAAACGCGUUUCUCCUGGCCGUCCGCUGGUUUGACGAGCUGGAGGGCUGGCUAAAAAUCAUACCUACGGAUAACGGCUUAGUCUCCGCUCCCAGGGGCGUGGAAAUGAACUCACUGGGAGCGUUAAGCGUUUACAUUAAGGAAUUUUGAAAUUUUAUCGUAAAUAAAAUCUCCAGCAUCGAUUUUUCAAAAAAAAAAAAUAAGUAGAUCUUGAAAGGCGCGUGUGUCUGCUCAGCACAUUCACACCUGAGGGAUGCAGAUCAAGUCCAGCCUCAUGGUGAGACCUGAGGGGCCCUCACAGCCGCCCUGGGGCCCAGCCCGGGAGGAGCCUGCCCUCUGAGGCCGGUCUUAUUUGCACCUGGUCAGAGACUGAAGGCCCCGUGGUUGGCAGGUGGCCUUUGCUUGGUGAAAUUAAACUUUUGCUGUUUGGGUAGGUUUGUUUGUUGGGUUGUUUUUUUGCAGAGCUCUAAUUAGGUUAUAUUGAAAACAGCGGUGUCAUUACUUACGUGUCUAACUUGGCACGAGAGAUGAGGGACUAGCAGUUACAGCACCCUGUGUUAUUAUUACCAGGUGGUUCUGAACCACUGGAACCUCAAAGGUUGUCACCUCUGUUUAGCCUUCGUACCCAGUGACAAAUGGCUUUAAAAGUGCUCAGUCCCACGUGGGCAGGCUCUGUCAAAAUUAACGAGCACAAGGCUUGUUAGCGUGGCGGGGAAAACACAACUUCUGGUCGUGGUUUCAGUGAAUCAUAGAAUAGUUUGAGUUGGAAGGGACCUAGUCAUCUUGUCCAGCUCCUCUGCAAUAAGCAGGGAGAAAUCCUGUUUAUUCUGUGGGAUUUGAUAUUCUGUAGUGUUCGAUGGUCUUUUUUCUUUUCCCCGUAUGCUGUGAUGUCUUUUCAUCAUUUAAAAAGAGUAUCUUUCAAAUUUUUACAGAUCAAAGGAGCUCAAUUGGAACAGGCCAUAUGGUCAGUGCCAGUCUCCAAAAUCAUGCGUUUAUUUGCUGAUUGGCCUUUAGGAGAAAUUGUAUAUUCAGACCUAAAGAACUGUUGUGUUGAACCGUGUGGUACAGUCUUUGCUCCAUCUCAUCUCUUCCUGCAGUUUCCUUGGAUGAAACACUUUUUUUCCUGCAGGGGUCAGCAAACCCAUCUGCCAAAGCAGAUCCCAUAAUGUACAUGAAGAAAAGUCAUCUUGCUUGUCAGCAGCUUUAUUUGGCGAGGACUGCGAAAUCAGCCGUGACCAGCUGUAUGAGUUGUUAAAGUAUGCAGCUUUGGGAAAAUGCCACAAUGCAACACAGCCCAGCUGGUGCCGUAUUUAUCGCCGGAGCCACCUGGCUGGGGUUGUGGUUAUUGUUCUGCCUGAAAUGAGCCAACUCCAUUUCUACAAAUUCUAUUUGCAGUUCAAACACCUCAGAAGAGUGUUCCGGCAUAGAUUCACAUUAACCCCUUCCGCCAACUUCCUGGCCAGCCUGUAUGGAGAAGGACCAAACCUGAAACCUCAAAACACUGCACAAGGUUUGACUUCCACUAGCAGUGAAUGUACUUCUAAAAGCUCAGACUCACAAUGUGAUCCCAUCAUUCGGAAAUAUGGAGGAAAAAAACGAGGCCUUACUAGCUAUAUUCUAACUUUAGAAGAGCAGAAAAAAAAUGACUAUCCCACAAAAGGCUCCCCCAGAUGCAGUGGCUUCGUGUGCACAGAGUGUAACCAGCAGAGGACAGACAGCAGCCCCCUCUUCGGUCUGGACUGUGAAAUGUGCCUGACUGCAAAAGGGAAUGAAGUCACUCGUGUCUCUUUGGUGGAUGCACAGGGUCGAUGCCUCUUGAAUGAACUAGUCAGACCUGAAAACACAGUCGUGCACUACCGCACCAGAUUCUCAGGAAUCACAAAGGAAAUGCUUCUUCCAGUGAAAACCAGACUGUCAGACAUCCAAACCAGACUAAAAAAAAUGCUUCCCCGUGAUGCAGUAUUGGUGGGUCAUUCUCUAAACAAUGAUCUUCAGGCUUUGGAAAUGAUCCACCCCAGUGUUAUCGAUACUUCAUUGCUUUUUGCCAGAACUGAAGGUCGAAGAUUUAGGCUAAAAUUUCUAGCCAAAGCUGUUUUAGGGAAGGAGAUUCAGUGUGAACAGAAGCUGGGGCAUGAUCCUGCAGAAGAUGCUAGAGCUGCUUUGGAAUUGGCUCAGUUCUUUAUUGAGCAAGGACCAGCAAAGGUAGCAGAACUAAACUUGGAGAUGCUUCUGACAACUGAGAAACUGGCUGAAGUUUCACAGAAAAGAGCUGCAUUACAGCCACAAGGAUAUAGGGGCCAGCAACAGUUGAAUGAGCCUUCACAUUUAUCCAAACCAUGUUUUUUAGAGUGCUUGCAGGUGACUGGCCAAAAACCCCUCCUUUUGGGCAGACAGGAACUAGACUCUUCUGGCCUGUGUCAGAGUAACCUGAGCACUUCAAACAAACAGAUUCUUCAGAAAGCCUUAGAAGAUGUUCCCCUGUCCACGUUCAGUAUCAUUCAGUUCAGUUUGGGUCCAGAGAACAUUUCAUCUCGCCUUCUUGCUGAACUUCGCGAAAAGGUGGGAAGCAAGCUGACUGACAUGCUGACAAUUUACGCAGGUCCUUUUGAAGAAAGCUUUUGCCUGAAGUCUGUGAAAAAAGAAUUUGGGAGGUGUGGACCAAUCCAGUCUCUGACAGUGGUAACUGAAACGUACCAGCCCUAUGUCUGUAUCCAAUACGAAGUGCUGGAAGCUGCCCAGCUUGCCGUGGAAAGCCUAAAUGGAGCUGAGGUAGCAGGAUCCUGUAUUAAGGUCCAGAGACCCGUCACUGCUGCAACGCUGGACUGUGAUGUUCUGAUACAGGAACUAGAACUGGAUGUAGAGAACCAAGGUGUGAUUUAUGUGGCGGGUCUAAAGAAGUCACUAACAGAGAAGGACUUGCAAGAAGAAUUCAGCCAGCUGCAAGACCUGGAAACAAUGUUCCUGCCAAAGGAUCUCCAGAGUGGAAAGCACUGGAACUGCUGUUUCCUCAAAUUCCAGACAUCACAGAGUGCUGUGGAUGCCCUUGAAGUUAUAAAUGGCCGGAGCAUGAAGGGCAGCAGACUAAGAAGUAGGAAUGCUCUUGCUUCAGGUCACCUCUGGAGAUGGAUUUGGCAAAUGAAUCACAGCAAUGGGAAUCCAAGAAGAAACAUCUCUUACAAGAAAACGCAGCAACUCUCUGACUCUGAGCAGGAUCUAAAGAAAAAGGUGCAGAAGUUAGACCACCAUAUCAAAAAGCUUUAUAGAAGUCUGCAGAAUAACACCCUGUGCGUUGUCCUCUUCCCUGGAGUGAACAGCACAUAUGGAUCCCAGUCUGGCCUUGGUCUGAUGGGAAUAAAAGAUGACGGAGGGAGGAGUGCUUGUUAAACUGCCAAGAUUUUAAGCAAAGUCUUUUGUUAAGAUAUUUUUAAUUACUUUAAAUAUUGAUGUCUUUGUAAAGAUCUCUUACCAUAAGAACAAUAGGCUUUCACUCUGUAUCUUUUACAAAGCCUAAAAAUAAAAGCUAUUCAAAACAUC